UGUCCCUUCGCAAAUAGCAGCACAGCUGUCCUGAUGCAGGGUAGACAGGGCGGCAGCCUCGGAUUACUUCAAGACACCCAGCUCAUCGAAACCCUUGCUCAUUUCUCUCGGGAGAGAAUUCCCGAGCGCGUCGUUCACGCCAAGGCUGUCGGAUCAUUUGGAGAAUUCGAAGCCACACGCGAUUGCUCUGACUUCACCAGCGCCAAAUUCCUCAGCACGGUCGGAAAGAAGACACCCGUGCUUCAGCGGGUGUCAACCGUUGGGCCCGAGUCCGGAUCUGCCGAUACCUCCCGCGAUGGAGUUGUCUUCUUUAUUCGUGAUCCGAUCAAAUUCCCGUCUAUGAACCGCUCUCACAAGCGACAUCCUCAGACCCAACUCCCCGACCAGAACAUGGAUUUUCACGUCGGUAGUCCUGAGGGUAUUUACCAACUUCUGGUUCUGUUCAGCGACCGUGGCACAUUUAAAUCGGUUCGCUACAUGAACUCUUACAGCGGACAUACAUACAAAUUUACUAAUCCUGACGGCUCGUUCAAAUAUGCCAAAGUCCACGUCAAAACGCAGCAGGGGGUUGAGAACCUCUCCUCUCAGGACGCCACCAGAAUCGCCGGGGAAGAUCCUGAUUUUAUGAUCCGUGAUAUGUUUGAGGCUAUUGAUAGGGGCGAAUAUCCUGUCUGGAACGUCUACGAAUUUCCUCUGCAGCAGAUUGGUCUUCUUACUAUGAACCGCAACCUACAAAACUACUUCGCCGAUAUUGAGCAAGCUGCGUUCUCGCCCUCGACAAUGGUCCCCGGAAUCGCUACGUCCGCUGAUCCAGUGCUGCAAGCAAGACUCUUCGCAUACCCCGAUGCAGCCCGCUACCACCUCGGUGUCAACUACCAGCAACUCCCCACCAACGCCGCAAAGGCCCAAUUCUACCAAGACCAGAAGGGAAUAAGUGCUUCUGCCCUGGCAUUACACACUGAACACGAAAAGUGGGCGGGGGAGGUCUCCGCCUAUAUCAGUGAGAUCACCGACGAUCACUUCGUUCAGCCCGCAGCAUUCCUAGGCCUCUUCGGAUGUGUCAACAAGGAUCUCGGUUCUAAGUUGCGGCAGUGCACAGAAGCAGCGAUCCAGGCUGCGUAG